AGCCAGAGAAACAGAGAGGCUGAGACCAGCCCAGAAACCAACAGCUCUCACGCUGAAGCUCACAUCCUCGCCCUCCAGCAUGAAGGUCUCCGCAGCCCUCCUGUGCCUGCUGCUCACCGCGGCCACCUUCAGCACCCAGGUGCUGGCUCAGCCAGAUGGAAUUAAUACCUCAACGACCUGCUGCUACAGAUUCAUCAAUAAGAAGAUCCCCAUCCAGAAGCUGGAGAGCUACAGAAGAGUCACCAGCAGCUACUGUCCCCAGGAAGCUGUGAUCUUCAAGACCAAACUGGCCAAACAGGUCUGUGCCGACCCCAAGCAAAAGUGGGUCCAGGAUUUCACGAACUACCUGGACAAGAAAACCCGAACUCCAAAGCUUUAAUUGCUCACGCCUGAACUGAAGCCAAGCUAGUACCUGAGAAACAACUAAUUUAUAUUCCUAUCCUUUCCAAGAUGCACUCUGAGAUUAUCUUCUUAUAAUUCUAAGGAAUGUGAGUUUUGUGGAAUAAUGUGAAUUAUAGUUUUUAAGUACUGCCUUA